AAGGCUACCAAACUUCAGCCGGGGUCGAUAUAUAUUUAAAACACUGACGGUUAAACGACACCUUAAAUGCCUACCUCAGCAGAAGCCAUAAAGGCUUCCCUGGAAGAUGGCAUCAGUAAGUACUUGGUCCUUCCUCCCAUCCCAAGCCCUCCAGAUCCAGACGCCAACCUUCCUGAUCACAGAGUGGCAGUGCGGAGAAAACUACUUUGCUACAGGAGGAGUAAAGAACAGCGACAUGAGCUCCAUAAAAUCAUGGUUGCACGUGCAAUACAAGCCUAUCAGCAGGCCAAGGAUGCAUUCCCAGCGGCUCCUUCAUUUCAUGAACCAGAAUUUCCUGCAACAAUGUUCAGUGAAAAACGGAAACAGCAGAUGAACUACAUGUUUCUAAGGCAGUGUGUGGAAAAGAGCCCUAUUGCACCCAUUCAGCAGCACUGGCUGGACAACAUGUUAAGUCGGGUGUCACCGUGUCUCAGAGAGGGGUCUGGAAGAAUGGAGCUGCUGGAGGAACUGUGUAAGGAAGUCAGUGAGAACUUCCACACUGACAUGCUGGAGCACACUGUGAACAGUGUCCUGCAGAAGCCACAGAUGGGCGAAACAAUUGCUCCCCUACAAACACUACCCACACCCAUGACCCCUGAUUUCUCCAAACCAUGGCAUCAGAGCUUUGUCAGGAAUCGAAAAAAGAUUAAAGAGAAUUUACACGUUUUGCAUCCAGCCAUGAAAGCCAUUUUGGAUAUCUGUUAUAGAAGUUUCUCAGAGCUGCUCCUGAUUGAUCUCUCAGACUGCAGGUCAUCAGGGCCUGUGAACUGUGAGAAACUGAAGAACAAAGUGGCUGUGGAGUGUGAAAGAAUGGAGGAGAAGCUCAUGAACACCUGGUUCCCAAAAGUCAUUCACGUGCUGACCAGCAAGGAAAGUACACAAAGAAUGAGUGCAGAGAAGCUUGACACAUUUUACAACUGUGCUUCCAAGCUGCUCUCCAAUCAGCUGAAGUCCCUGAUUCAGAGGAGUGUGGAGGCAUUCGUCAGUCUGUUUGAACCUGCCAACAAGCACAAGCUCCCCCUGUUUUGGAUGGACCUAACCUUUGAGAAGAUGGAAUUCUAUCCAACUUUUCAGGAGCUGGAAGAAGCAGUGUUAGAGAUUCUCAGCUUGCUCGUUAAUACUAUGCAGAAAGUCCAAACUGUUCAGUCCUGUCUGGCUGACACCAACAGCGCAGUGGUUAAUGCUAAGCUUGCAGAUGAUGUUCUCAUAUGGGCGCGAACCAUGCUGAGCAACGCGGUGCGUAAAAACCUAGAGGAGCCUGACAAACACCUUCAGUAUUACGUCACAAAUUAUGACUGGCUGGUCAAUGGGAGUGCACAGACUCUGGUAGAGACAUUUCUGAUGGAGGACCACAGUUUUGAUGAGUUUACUGAACAAGUGGAGAUGUUUCGGACUGUUUCCCAAGAGAUCUCCAACCUCCCCUCUGUGGCUCAUUUCGACAUGAUCCGCUUGGACUGUGAGGAGCUCAAACAAGGACUGGCAAAGAAAGCGAGGUCUUUUGCUGAGACCCUGGUGGAUCAACUGAUCAGCGCACAUCGGGAACACUGUCUUCAAAUUUGUAAAGAGUUUGAGACCAUGAAGGAUAAGGCUUUAAAAAUCCCAGAUGCAACAGAAGACAUGACAGAGAUGAUUGCUUACAUUGGUCAUGCAAAAACCAAGGGAAUAGAAGAGCUUAACAGUAAAAUAAUAGAAACGCAUCGUAGAUUAAAUUACCUACUAGAUGUACACACAUUUACCACAGAAGACAUGGAACUUAAUUCAACGGCUCUACUUUGGCCUCAAAAUAUUAAUCAAGCUUUUGAUCUCAGUGAUGAGCUAUUGGAGAAGGCCAAGCAUAAAGGAGAGCAGGAGCUGCAUGGCAGAAGGGAAAAGCUAAUCCUGGAUCUGGAGAAACUAAGCAGAAGGAUGGAAGAGUUUGCAGAGUGUUCAGAGCUGGAUAUGAUGCAACAGUAUGUGACAAACGUAAGAACAGUACAGAAGAGGCUUCAGGAAGUCGAGGAAGCUAUUGUUUUCAUCAACAAAGAGGAGGCCCUUUACAAAUGGGACCUAACAGUUUAUCCUGAGGUUGACGUAAUGAAGCAGAACAUUGAGCCCUACCAGAAACUCUUUGGGAUUGUACUGAAGUGGCAGCGAACAGAAAAGAGAUGGAUGGAUGGAUCCUUCUUAGAUUUGAAUGCAGAGACUAUGGAGUUGGAGGUGGACGAGUUUUUCCAAGAGAUCUACAAGAUACAGAAGGUCUUUCAGCAGAAACAAAAGAAGGUCGAGCAGGAGAAAGAGAAAAUUGCAGCAGGGAAGAGGAGGCCUGGAGUAGAAGAUGAAAGACAGGAAAAUCCCACUGUACAGAUAUGUCUCCGAGUUAUAGAGCAAAUCAGAGAAUUUAAGGAGCACAUCCCAAUGGUUUCCAUACUGUGUAAUCCUGGAAUCAGGGCUCGACACUGGGAACAGAUGUCAGAGGUUGUAAGCUAUGAUCUGGCACCUAACUCGGGCACCACCCUGCGGAAAGUGCUUAAACAGAAUCUCACCUCUUAUAUGGAACAGUUUGAAACCAUCAGUGCUGCUGCCAGCAAAGAAUUCUCACUGGAGAAGGCAAUGCAAAAUAUGAUGGAGGCCUGGGAUUCCGUGUCAUUCCAUCAUCAUGUGUACAGGGAGUCUGAUGUGUCCAUCCUUACUGCAGUGGAUGAGAUUCAGACCAUGCUGGAUGACCAGAUAGUCAAGACCCAGACAAUGAGGGGCUCCCCAUUUAUAAAGCCUUUUGAGACAGAGAUCAAGGCCUGGGAGGAACGUCUGAUCCGAAUCCAGGACACCAUAGAUGAGUGGCUGAAGGUACAGGCCCAGUGGCUUUACCUGGAGCCCAUUUUUAGCUCUCAGGACAUCAUGCAGCAGAUGCCUGAAGAGGGACGUCUGUUCCAGACAGUGGACAGGCACUGGAAGGAAGUAAUGAGACACUGUGUAAAAGACUCUAAGGUUUUAGCAGCAACUUCCUUACCUGGCUUACUCGAAAAGCUUCAGGACUCAAACAACCUUUUGGAACAAAUUAUAAAGGGACUGAAUGCCUACCUUGAGAAGAAAAGAUUAUUCUUUCCACGCUUCUUUUUCCUUUCCAACGAUGAGAUGCUUGAGAUCCUUUCGGAGACCAAAGACCCUCUGCGUGUGCAGCCUCACCUGAAGAAAUGCUUUGAGGGCAUUGCCAAACUGGAUUUUCUGCCCAACUUAGACAUCCAGGCCAUGUACAGCAGUGAGGGUGAGCGUGUGGGCCUGCUACAGCAUAUCUCCACUUCAGAGGCACGGGGAGCAGUGGAGAAGUGGUUGGUGCAGGUGGAGGAUGUGAUGCUGCGUAGCAUCAGGGACGUAAUAAAUCGAGCCAGACUCGCUUAUCCAGAGACCAAGCGAAGUCAGUGGGUUCGGGAUUGGCCUGGCCAGGUGGUGCUCUGUACAUCACAAAUGUACUGGACACUUGAGGUGCACGAAGCUAUCAGAAGUGGAGCUAAUGGUCUGAAGAACUACUAUGAUCAGCUACAGAACCAGCUGAAUGACAUUGUAGAGCUGGUCAGGGGAAAACUGCCCAAGCAGACUCGUACCACUCUAGGAGCGCUGGUCACUAUUGAUGUCCAUGCUCGGGAUGUGGUCAUGGAGAUGAUUCAAAAAGGGGUUUCUCAUGAGACAGACUUCCAGUGGUUAGCCCAGCUGCGUUACUACUGGAUGAAUGACAACGUCCGUGUCUGUAUCAUUAACUGUAAUGUAAAGUACGCUUAUGAGUAUUUGGGAAAUUCUCCUCGAUUGGUCAUCACGCCUUUAACCGACAGAUGCUACCGAACUUUGAUUGGAGCAUUUUAUCUAAAUUUAGGUGGAGCUCCUGAAGGCCCUGCAGGAACAGGCAAGACAGAGACUACUAAAGACCUGGCCAAAGCCCUUGCAGUGCAGUGUGUUGUGUUUAACUGUUCUGACGGACUUGACUAUCUAGCCAUGGGAAAGUUUUUUAAGGGGCUGGCGUCCUCGGGUGCCUGGGCGUGCUUUGAUGAGUUUAAUCGUAUUGAACUGGAGGUGCUGUCUGUAGUGGCACAGCAGAUCCUGUGCGUUCAGAGAGCCAUUGAGAUGAAGCAGGACGUUUUCGACUUUGAGGGUACAGAGCUGCGUCUCAACCCCAACUGCUUUGUGGCUAUCACCAUGAACCCAGGAUAUGCUGGAAGAUCUGAGCUUCCUGAUAACCUUAAGGUUUUGUUCAGAACGGUGGCAAUGAUGGUCCCAAACUAUGCAUUGAUUGCUGAGAUCUCGUUGUACUCUUAUGGGUUUCUGAAUGCCAAGCCACUUUCAGUAAAGAUCGUGAUGACGUACAGGCUGUGCUCUGAACAACUGUCCUCCCAGUUCCACUACGAUUAUGGAAUGAGAGCCGUCAAAGCUGUUCUUGUGGCAGCUGGAAACCUGAAGCUCAAGUUUCCAGAUGAAAAUGAAGAUAUUCUUAUUCUACGAUCCAUUAAAGAUGUGAAUGAGCCCAAGUUUCUCUCCCAUGACAUCCCUCUGUUUAAUGGAAUUACCAGUGAUCUUUUUCCUGGAAUCUCUCUUCCUGUCGCUGACUAUCAGCUUUUUUUGGCAUGUGCUCAUGAAUGCUGUACGAACCACAAUGUCCAGCCUGUAAAAGUUUUCCUGGAUAAAAUCAUCCAAACCUAUGAGAUGAUGAUUGUGCGUCAUGGAUUCAUGCUUGUCGGUGAACCGUUUGCUGGCAAAACCAAAGUGCUGCAUGUUCUAGCUGACACAUUAACACUAAUGAAUCAAAGAGGUUACAAUGAAGAGGAGAGAGUUCAAUACCGUACCAUCAACCCUAAAGCUAUCACUAUGGGUCAGCUUUUUGGUCAGUUUGACCCUGUGUCUCAUGAGUGGACUGAUGGAAUCGUGGCCAAUACAUUUCGGGAGUUUGCUUCAGCAGAGACCCCUGACAGAAAGUGGGUGGUGUUUGAUGGACCCAUAGACACACUUUGGAUUGAGAGCAUGAAUACUGUGCUGGAUGACAAUAAAAAGCUGUGCCUCAUGAGUGGAGAAAUUAUCCAGAUGUCCAACCAAAUGAGUCUGAUAUUUGAAGCCAUGGACCUGUCACAGGCCUCACCAGCCACAGUGAGCCGUUGCGGGAUGAUCUACAUGGAGCCGUCUCAGCUAGGAUGGUCACCACUAGUGGCAUCUUGGUUAAAGACUCUACCACAGCCUUUACAAAACCAGGAGAAUUCCACACUAAUUCUGGAGUUGUUUGAUUGGUUAAUCCUUCCAGCACUUAGGAUGUUAAGAAAAAACUGUAGGGAGGUUGUCUCAACCAGUAAUAGUAAUACAGUAGUGUCUCUUUCACGACUCUUUGAAAUGCUUCUUACUGAGCCUUUAACUGAAGAACCUGGAAGCAAGAAUAUCCGCACAUGGAUAAUGGCUGCCUUUGCCUUUUCUUUGGUGUGGUCUGUCGGUGGAAGCUGUGAUGGUGACAGUCGUGAAAAAUUUGAUCUGUUUCUAAGAGAAAUCAUAUCAGGAAAAUCAGAAGAGCACCCCAUUCCUGCUGCCGUCUCUAAAUGGGAAUGUCCUCUUGAUGAGAAGGGUCUUUUAUAUGACUAUUAUUAUGAGUUCAAAGGAAAGGGCAGGUGGAUUCACUGGAAUGAAUCAAUAAAAAAUGCCACCUUAGGGGACAAAAACACCAAAGUUCAGGACAUCAUUGUUCCCACAAUUGACACGGUGCGCUACAAUUACCUGAUGGAUCUCUGUAUUACUUAUGGAGUACCUCUUCUGUUUGUUGGCCCCACUGGUACUGGAAAGUCUGUUUAUGUGAAGGAGAAACUGAUGAACAAUCUAGAUAAAGACCACUACCUUCCAUUCUUUAUUAACUUCUCAGCACGCACUAGUGCUAACCAGACUCAGAACAUAAUUAUGUCCAGACUGGAUAAAAGACGAAAAGCAGUAUUUGGACCUCCUAUGGGAAAGAAGUGUGUUAUAUUUGUGGAUGACAUGAACAUGCCUGCCAUGGAAGUUUUUGGUGCUCAGCCUCCCAUUGAGCUUCUUCGUCAAUAUUUUGAUCAUGGAAACUGGUAUGACCUAAAAGACACUUCCAAAAUCACUUUGGUUGAUCUGCAGUUGAUUUCAGCCAUGGGUCCCCCUGGUGGUGGGAGGAAUGCAGUGACGCCUCGUUUCCUGCGCCACUUCAACAUCUGUAGCAUCAACGCAUUCAGCGACGACACCAUGUCACGCAUAUUCUCGAAUGUGGUAGCCUUUUACUUCCGUAACAACGGCUUCCCCCCAGACUACUUCACCAUUGGGAACCAGAUAGUCGCAGCUACCUUGGAGGUUUAUAAGAAGGCAAUGGAAAACCUACUUCCUACCCCGGCCAAGUCUCACUACACGUUUAACCUGAGAGAUUUCUCACGAGUGGUGCAGGGCUGCCUGCUGUUAAAGAAGGAAUCUCUGGAGAGCAAGGGCACCAUGAUACGCUUGUUUGUUCACGAGGUCCUGCGUGUCUUCUAUGACCGUCUGGUGGAUGAUCAGGACCGAGCGUGGCUUUACAGACUUAUGAAUGAACUUGUGAAGGUGCAUUUCAAGGAAAGCUUCGACACGGUGUUUGCACAUCUGAAAGCUGACAAAAAGUCUCUCUGUGAGGAGGACCUAAGGAGCUUGCUUUUUGGAGACUACAUGACCCCUGACGUAGAUCCUGCUGACAGAUUAUAUGCAGAAGUUCCCAGCAUGGAUAGCUUCAGUCAGGUGGUGGAGACCUGCCUGGUUGAUUACAACCAGACACACAAAAACCGUAUGGACCUGGUCAUUUUCCGCUAUGUCCUGGAGCACUUGUCCAGGAUUAGCCGUGUGCUGAAGCAGCCAGGGGGAAGCGCUCUGCUGGUCGGGGUCGGGGGAAGCGGCCGUCAGUCCAUUACUAGACUGGCCACAUUCAUGGCUGGCAUGACUAUGUUCCAACCUGAGAUCUCCAAGAACUACAGCAUGAACGAGUGGAGAGAUGAUCUUAAGGUUCUGCUGAAGAAAGCAGGUGUAAAGGGCCAGAAAAUGGUGUUUUUGCUUACAGAUGCUCAGAUAAAAGAGGAGGCCUUUUUAGAAGAUGUGGAUAGUUUGUUAAACACCGGGGAGGUUCCAAACCUGUUUGCCGUGGAUGAGAAGCAAGAGAUCAUGGAGGCCAUGCGACCCAUAGCCCAGGCUGGCAAUAAGAAUUUGGAAUUCAGCCCUCUGUCUCUGUUUGCCUACUUUGUAAAUCGAUGCAGAGAGAACUUGCACAUCGUGGUGGCGUUCAGCCCUAUUGGCGAUGCGUUCAGAAACCGCCUGAGACAGUUCCCCUCUCUUAUCAACUGCUGCACCAUCAACUGGUUCCAGCCAUGGCCCGACGAGGCACUAGAAAGAGUAGCCAACAAAUUUUUGGAGACGCUACAGAUGAGUGACUACGAGCGACAAGAAGUCAUGCAAAUCUGCAAGUCGUUCCACACUUCCGCUAUUCAACUAUCCAAUAAGUUUCUGUCAGAGCUUGGUCGCCAUAAUUAUGUGACCCCUACUUCCUACUUGGAGUUACUAGCUGCAUUUAGACUGCUCCUUACUCAGAAACAGGAUACUGUAAUGAAGGCAAAGAAGAGAUACACGAACGGACUGGACCAACUGGCUUUUGCUGAAUCUCAGGUGGGGGAAAUGAAGAAGGAGCUGAUGGAUCUUCAACCUAAACUGGAACAGGCCAAGAUUGAAAACACAAACAUAAUGAAGGUGAUUGAGGUGGAGUCAGUGGAGGUGGAAGCUAAGAGUAAAGUUGUGCGUGUAGACGAGGAGGCUGCCACUCAAAAAGCAACUGAAGCUCAGGCUCUGAAGAAUGAGUGUGAGAAUGACCUUGCUGAGGCGAUCCCUGCUCUGGAGGCUGCACUUUCUGCUCUUGACACCCUGAAGCCGUCUGACAUUACGAUUGUCAAGUCUAUGAAAAACCCUCCUUCUGGAGUGAAGCUAGUGAUGGCAGCAGUCUGUGUAAUGAAGGACAUUAAACCUGAGAAGAUCAAUGACCCUGCAGGAACAGGACAGAAGAUUUUGGAUUAUUGGGGUCCAAGCAAGAAGUUGCUUGGAGAUAUGAAUUUCCUCAGGGACCUUAAAGAAUAUGACAAGGACAACAUUCCUGUACCAGUUAUGCAGAAAAUUCGCAGUGAGUAUAUGACCAACCCUGACUUUGACCCCACCAAGGUGGCCAAGGCCUCCUCUGCAGCAGAGGGGCUGUGCAGGUGGAUCACUUCCAUGGAGGUUUAUGACAGAGUGGCGAAGGUGGUGGCUCCUAAGAAAGCCAACCUAGUCGUGGCGCAACAGUCACUGGCCGAUACAAUGGCUUUGCUGAACCAGAAGAGAGCAGAACUAAAAGAGGUGGAGGACCGUCUGGCCUCCCUAAAAAAGACAUUUGAGGAGAAGACUGAAGAGAAGGCUCAGCUGGAAUUUCAAGUGGACCUUUGUGCCCGCAAGCUAGAGAGAGCUGAGAAGCUCAUCGGGGGCUUAGGCGGUGAAAAGACAAGGUGGUCCAAAGCUGCAGAUGAGCUGCAAGACACGUAUGACAAUUUGAUUGGUGAUGUGCUGAUAUCUGCUGGUGUAAUUGCUUACCUUGGAGCCUUCACUGCUGGUUUUCGCCAGGACUGUACUAAAGAAUGGACCAAGCUCUGUAAGUCCAGAAAGAUCCCAUCAUCAGUUGACUUCUCUUUGAGUAAAACCCUUGGAGAUCCCAUCAAGAUCAGAGCCUGGAACAUAUCUGGACUGCCUACUGACAGUUUUUCCAUUGACAAUGGAGUCAUUGUGAGCAACUCCAGAAGAUGGCCAUUGAUGAUUGACCCACAGGGUCAGGCCAACAAGUGGGUAAAGAAUUCAGAGAAAGAGAACAAGCUGAAUGUGAUCAAGCUUACUGACACAGACUAUAUGAGGACUCUGGAGAACUGCAUCCAGUUUGGUACCCCUGUGCUGCUGGAGAACGUGGGAGAAGAACUGGAUCCCUCAAUAGAGCCCCUCCUGCUCAAACAGAUAUUUAAACAAGGGGGUAUGGACUGUAUCAGGCUGGGAGAGAGCGUGAUUGAGUACUCAAGUGAUUUUCGUUUUUACAUCACCACUAAGCUCAGGAACCCUCAUUAUCUACCAGAGCUGGCCACCAAAGUGUCCCUGCUUAACUUCAUGAUUACUCCAGAGGGCCUAGAGGAUCAGCUGCUGGGCAUCGUGGUGGCAAAAGAGAGGCCAGAGUUAGAAGAGGAGAGAAACGCACUGAUACUGCAGUCUGCUGCCAACAAGAAACAGCUCAAAGAAAUUGAGGACAAAAUCCUGGAGACUCUGCAGUCCUCAGAGGGGAACAUCCUGGAGGACGAGAGUGCCAUCCAGAUCCUGGACUCUGCAAAGAUAAUGUCAAAUGAAAUCUUCCAGAAACAGCAGGUUGCAGAGAAGACUGAGAUUAAGAUAGCCGAGUCGAGAGAGGGUUACAGGGACAUCGCCAAAAACUCCUCUAUUUUGUUUUUCACUAUUGCAGACCUGGCCAACAUUGACCCCAUGUACCAGUACUCACUCAGCUGGUUCGUCAACCUAUACAUUAACUCCAUACAGGACAGUAACAAGUCAAAGAUUCUGAAGAAGAGACUGAGAUACCUGAUUGAUCACUUCACUUACAACUUGUACUGCAACGUGUGUCGCUCGCUUUUCGAGAGGCACAAACUGCUCUUCUCCUUCCUCCUUUGUUCCAACCUGCUGCUGGCUAAAAACGAGAUCGAUUACUCAGAGUUCAUGUUCCUGCUCACUGGUGGAGUAGGGCUGCAGAAUAAUCUGCCCAAUCCUGACCCCUCCUGGCUGCAAGAUAAGAGCUGGGAUGAGAUCUGUCGAGCCAGUGACCUACCUGGUCUGCACGGCCUCAAGGAAGGUUUCGCCAAGGCACCCACAGACUUUUUGCCUAUUUAUGACAGCAAGGAGCCAUACAAAACACCUCUGCCUAAACCAUGGUGUGAUCAACUCAACGACUUUCAGAAAAUGAUCAUCUAUCGCUGCCUUAGGCCAGACAAGAUUGAACCAGCCAUUACCAGUUAUGUCAGUGACAAACUGGGCAAAAAGUUUGUUGAACCUCCUCCGUUUGAUCUGAGUAAGAGCUACAUCGACUCCAACUCUACAAUCCCACUGGUGUUUGUGCUCUCUCCAGGAGCAGACCCUAUGGCCAGUUUGCUCAAGUUUGCAAAUGACAAGAACAUGGGUGGGGCCAAGUUUAAGUCGAUAUCGCUUGGCCAAGGCCAGGGUCCUAUAGCUGUGAAGAUGAUCCAGUCAGCGAUGAAGGAGGGUACAUGGGUGUGCCUGCAGAACUGCCACCUGGCCGUGUCCUGGAUGCCCACUCUAGAGAAGAUCUGUGAAGAUUUUAGCCCAAACACGUGCCACCCAGACUUCCGGCUUUGGCUCACCAGCUACCCCUCUCCCAUGUUCCCAGUGACCAUUUUGCAGAAUGGAGUCAAGAUGACCAAUGAGCCUCCUACAGGCCUUCGACUGAACCUGCUGCAGUCCUACCUGUCAGAUCCUAUUUCCGAUCCACAGUUCCUCUCAGCUUGCCCAAACAAAGAGCUAGUUUGGGAAAAGCUUCUGUAUGGGGUUUGCUUUUUCCACGCUCUUGUUCAGGAGAGAAAGAAGUUUGGACCGUUGGGUUGGAACAUUCCUUAUGGAUUUAAUGAAUCAGAUCUGCGUAUCAGUAUCAGGCAGUUGCAGCUGUUUGUGAAUGAGUAUGAGGAGGUUCCCUUUGAGGCCGUCACAUAUCUGACUGGAGAGUGUAACUAUGGUGGGCGGGUCACGGAUGACUGGGACCGUCGCCUCCUCCUGACCGUCUUGGCUGACUUUUACAAUAAAGACAUCAUCGAGAAUUCCCGUUACGCUUUCUCUCCUAGUGGUAAAUACUACGCACCUCCGAAGUCAGUUUAUGAAGACUAUGUGGAGUUUAUUAAGAAUCUGCCUUCUAUUCAGCAUCCAGAGGUGUUCGGUAUGCAUGAGAAUGUAGAGAUCUCAAAAGACCUGCAGCAGACCAAACUUCUGUUUGACUCCCUGAUCCUGACCCAGGGAGGAGGCACGAAGGGAGGAGGAAGUACCGGAGGCGACAACAACCUCCUGGAUAUCGCCAGUGACACUCUGUCUAAACUUCCAGAGAACUUUAACAUCGAAUCUGCUCUUGCCAAAUUCCCAGUCCGGUAUGAAGAGAGCAUGAACACGGUUCUUGUACAGGAGAUGGAGCGAUAUAAUAAUUUGUGCAACACCAUCCGUACAAGCCUGCAGAACCUACUUAAGGCCAUCAAGGGGCUAGUGGUGAUGGAUGCUGAGCUGGAAGCUAUAGCAAGCGGCCUCCUGGUGGGCAAAGUGCCAGAGAAGUGGGCCAAACGCUCCUAUCCCAGUCUCAAGCCCCUGGGCAGCUACAUUUCCGAUUUACUCGGCAGACUCAAAUUUCUACAGGACUGGUAUGACACCACCAAGCCCAACGUUUUCUGGUUGUCUGGCUUCUUCUUUACCCAAGCAUUCCUGACAGGAGCUAUGCAGAACUAUGCCAGAAAAUACUCCAUCCCUAUUGACCUCCUCAGCUUUGACUAUGAGGUCAUGCCUUUCGAUACCUCUGCCACCUCCCCCGAAGAUGGAGUCUACACUUAUGGACUAUUUCUCGAUGGAGCCCGAUGGGAUAAGAAAAGUGGUGUUCUAGCUGAACAGUACCCCAAAAUCCUUUUUGACUCAGUUCCUAUCAUUUGGAUAAAGCCAGUGGAUAAGCGGGUUACGAAGCAGCCCCAGAACAUAUACGUGUGUCCAUUGUAUAAGACCAGCGAGCGUAAGGGGACUCUGUCUACCACAGGCCACUCUACGAACUUCGUCAUCAGCAUGAUGCUGCCCACUAACAAGCGCCCGCAGCACUGGAUCAAGAGAGGGGUGGCCAUGCUCUGCCAGCUGGAUAAUUAACACUGGACCUCUUAAGCUCUAAAUAUGCACUUUAUCCAACCUCAAGUGGGAGAAUCCUUCACAACCACCAUAAUUAUUAAAUAAAGUUUGAAAUGUGAACAUGCAA